GAACCUAACCGAAAUUCGGGCUUUUAUAAAGGAGCAUGUAAACACCAUAUAUAAUAACCAGGAUUCUAUCUUUGAAACUGGCACUGCAAGUUCUUCUGCCCACUUACCUACGGAAGAAAAAACUGUUACAGAAAAUACAUCUAAUCUUGCAGAUACUUCUAAUAAUUCAGAAGGAUUAACAUUAGGUGGGUUGUCUAAAAGAAGAUUAGAAAAGGAGAGACUAGAGUUGUUAUCACAAAAAGAAAAUACCAUCAAACUUUUACAAGAACAUGCAGAUAAAUGGAUAAUUCAAAUUACAGGGGCAGAAAAUACCCUGUACUCAAAUGAAACCUUCCAGAUGCAGUUUAAAUUUACAGAAAAGUAUCCAAUAGAGAGCCCGGAAGUUAUUUUCUUAGGACAACCACCAAUACAUCCACAUAUAUACAGCAAUGGACAUAUAUGUCUUUCCAUUUUAUAUGAUCAUUGGUCUCCUGUUCUUUCAGUUAAUUCAAUUUGUUUAUCCAUUAUAUCCAUGUUAUCAAGUUGUAAAAAGAAAAGAAAACCUCUUGAUGAUAUUUUAUACUGUUCAACAGGACCCAGAAUUUCCCCAAAAAAUAUGAAAUGGAUGUUUCACGAUGAUAAAGUCUGA